AAUUCUUGUAUUUGUAUGCCUGAACGAUCUAUCGAAAUAAAGUCAUUUACAACAAACUGUGCUAGAGGGCAUUGAAGACUGUGAACACAUUUCUCUUUCCGGUUAAAACGCCAACAUGGCACGUGGUCCAAAGAAACACUUGAAACGAUUGAAUGCUCCAAAGGCAUGGAUGUUGGACAAGCUUGGUGGAGUGUAUGCACCACGACCAAGCACAGGACCACACAAACUAAGGGAGUCCCUUCCCCUUGUUAUUUUCCUCCGCAACAGACUCAAAUAUGCCCUUACCAAUGCCGAAGUUAAGAAGAUCGUCAUGCAACGUCUUAUUAAAGUUGACGGGAAAGUUCGUACUGAUCCCAACUAUCCAGCUGGAUUUAUGGAUGUUGUGACAAUUGAGAAAACUGGAGAAUUUUUCAGGUUGAUCUAUGAUGUUAAGGGACGAUUUACCAUUCACAGAAUAACAUCUGAAGAAGCAAAGUACAAGCUUUGCAAAGUGAAAAGGGUACAGACUGGUCUGAAGGGAAUACCUUUCUUGGUGACGCACGAUGGCAGAACCAUCCGCUACCCAGAUCCUCUUAUCAAGGUGAAUGACACAGUCCAGCUUGAUAUUGCCACAUCAAAAAUAAUGGACAGCAUCAAAUUUGAUUCUGGUAAUCUAUGUAUGAUUACUGGAGGGCGUAACUUGGGACGUGUGGGCACAGUGGUCAACAGGGAGCGUCAUCCAGGAUCCUUUGACAUAGUCCAUGUGAAAGAUUCUCAAGGACACACAUUUGCCACAAGGUUAAACAAUGUAUUCAUUAUUGGCAAAGCAACCAAGCCAUAUGUGUCGCUGCCACGUGGAAAGGGAGUGAAGCUCAGUAUUGCAGAAGAGAGAGACAAACGGCUUGCUGCAAAGGCUGCUUCUGCAUAAGACAUUGUUUAAACAUUGUGUCACUUAAUGUGAGAAUAAAAUUUGGUUUCAAUGUG